CUUGCGGUUCAAAUCGGUAUGGCACUGAGGAGGGUUGUGAAUUACCGGAAGUGUGUUGCAAAGGAAAAUGUGGCGCGAGACAGGGUGAUUGUUGUGUGUUGUGUUCAUGGUAACUUUGGGGGUCGGUGCCUCCCUAUUUUGCUAGCGUGCUAACUUCACUGAAUAGCGUGAUAACUUCGUAUCAGUUUGAGGAGCAAUCGAGGAUAUAUUGAAGCGUAACUGAUCGGAUAACAACUGGACCUAACCGGGCCUUGAAAACGGACAACAUGCCUCGAAGAAAGAGAAAUGCAGGGAGUAGCUCGGAUGCUACGGGGGAUUCAGACGAUUCAGGGGAACACGAGAAAACCGACAGCUCUCAAAGUGACGGAAAUACACGAGCUAACACGCGACUCACUCGGGCAUCUUUACGCCUCAGCCAAAGCUCGCAAGAGGCGCCUCCUGACAUAAAACACGUAGUGGACCGCGACGAAUCCCCUCCCAGGACGCCCACGGGCAAUGCCCAAUCCUCGGAGUCGGACAUCGACGUGUCCAGCCCCAGUGCCUCUCACGACGAAAGUCAGAACAAGGACCCUUCCCAGAAGGACUCUGACAGCGACCCCUCCCACCGGCCCAAGCGCCGGCGCUUUCACGAGAGCUACAACUUCAACAUGAAGUGUCCAACCCCAGGAUGCAAUUCGCUGGGUCACCUCACUGGAAAGCACGAGAGGCACUUCUCCAUCUCCGGGUGUCCUUUGUACCAUAACCUAUCAGCAGAUGAAUGCAAGGUGAAGGCCAUCGACCGGGACAAGCAAGACGACGAGCGCAGUCAGAACCAGACAGAGGAGAGCAGGCACGCCACACGUCACCAGGCUGCCACGCCGAGGCAGGUGCGCUACAAGGAGAAGGUAGUGGAGAUGAGGAGGAAGAGGGACUCGCCUGUGUCCAAGGAGCAGAAAGAGAAGAACAUGGAGCACCGCCAGAGCCAUGGCACCACCCGAGAGCCCCUGCUGGAGAACAUCACCAGUGAGUACGACCUGGAGCUCUUCAGGAAGGCCCAGGCACGGGCCUCCGAUGACCUGGUAAGGCCACAGCAUCUCCCCCUGCACCUCCAGACUCCCGAGAAGCUGCGCCUGCAGGGCCAGAUCACGGAGGGCAGCAACAUGAUCAAGACCAUCGUGUUCGGCCGCUACGAGCUGGACACCUGGUACCACUCGCCCUACCCGGAGGAGUACGCCCGCUUGGGCCGCCUCUACGUCUGCGAGUUCUGCCUCAAGUACAUGAAGAGCCAGACCAUCCUGCGCCGGCACAUGGCCAAGUGUGUUUGGAAGCAUCCUCCUGGAGACGAGGUCUAUCGCAAAGGGGCCAUCUCUGUGUUUGAGGUGGAUGGCAAGAAGAAUAAGAUCUACUGCCAGAACCUGUGUCUGCUGGCCAAGCUCUUCCUGGACCACAAGACGCUGUACUACGAUGUCGAACCCUUCCUGUUCUACGUGAUGACCGAAGCCGACAACACGGGCUGCCACCUGGUGGGAUACUUCUCCAAGGAGAAGAACUCCUUCCUCAACUACAACGUGUCCUGUAUCCUGACCAUGCCCCAGUACAUGCGGCAGGGCUAUGGGAAGAUGCUGAUUGACUUCAGCUACCUGCUGUCUAAGGUGGAGGAGAAGGUGGGGUCGCCGGAGCGCCCUCUAUCCGAUCUGGGCCUCAUCAGCUACCGCAGCUACUGGAAGGAAGUGCUCUUGCGUUAUAUGAACAACUUCCAGGGCAAGGAGAUCUCCAUCAAGGAAAUCAGCCAGGAGACGGCGGUAAACCCUGUGGACAUCGUGAGCACGCUGCAGUCCCUGCAGAUGCUCAAGUACUGGAAGGGCAAGCACCUGGUGCUGAAGAGACAGGAUUUGAUUGACGAUUGGAAGUCCAAGGAGACCAAGAGAGGGAGCAAAACCAUCGACCCCAGUUCUUUAAAAUGGUCGCCACCCAAAGGAACAUAGAAAUGGGUGGAUAGCCUCCACAUGCCUGUACCAGCAAAAACCACAACCACAGCCACACCUGAAGUGUCAUGACCCAAGAUUAAAGAUCGGUCUCCUUUUAUAUCAGAGAAAUAGCCUAUUAUGUAUUCAGUUACAUUUCCCCACCUCACUUUUGAUACCAUUGUAUUUAUUUUAUUUUUAAAAAUCAUUUCAUCCACAUCAACAUUUGGCGAUGCGUUGGCCCAUAAAUUGAUUGUUUAAGCAGCAACGUUGCUUGUAGAAUGUGCUCAACUUUUGAUAUUGAUAUGUUGUUUCUUUGUGUUUAUUUCUAUUUUUUUUUUCUCAGAUGCUAGCUAUGGCAGAGAACCCAGAAGGGUUUUUGCCAAUAUGCCUAGAAAAAGAAAUGAUCCAUUUGAUGGUUCUUGUUUUACAUGUUUCUAUCUUGGAAAAUAUAACUUUUGAUCUGCUUA